CCUUGCUGUAAGAGCCAGUUAAUGGGGAGUUCAUAUAGAAUAAUAAUUUAGAUUAAAAAUGUAUAAAUAUGCUUAAUUUACUUUUAAGAAAUUCAUGAUGAGUAUAUUUUCUAGAAUGUAUAACUUAGUUAAUAUAAAAAGAUGCUUUUAUUGUGAAAAGUAAUUUUGGCUUCUACUACGUAAUUAAUAUUGCCCGUUUGAGUUCUGAUUGCAGUUGGAUACGGUGGAAGCAGCACAAUUUUUUGACCGAUCUGUACCGAGCCUUUCAUUUUUUCUACAAACUGCAAAGGUGGUACAACGAACUUUUGGGACGCAGAGUGCCACUACAUAAAGUCAAAAAAAUUGCUAAUUGGAGCCUCGUUUCGUUUUGCCUGGACAACGCGGCUGAUGAGAAAAGAAGCUCGUGCCUCGCUGAGAGAAAAAAGAGACUGAAACGGGUUACCCUUUGAAUGAUUCUCCAAGAAAAGGUAACGAAGAGGCUUCUUUAUCUUUGAAUAUUGUAAAAAAAAAAGAGACGUUAUACGGAUGAAUGAAGGAGCGCUGACGAAAAUUAACGUUAAAGCCCGUCAGUAAAAUUCCACUGGAUGCAGUUAAUUGUCCGAAUCACGUGUGCAUUUCAGUAACGGAUUCGGUCAAUGUGGAGCUUUCGUGAAAUAUGAACGGUUUGUUUGCACUCAGUUAGAGAAGAAAGGCAACGUUGAAGUACGUGCUUUAAACUUUGUGCCUGCUUACUGCACGUUAACUCCGUGAUUAUAAGAUGGCUGAUGGAAAUGCUGACACGCGUGGUGAGGAUAAACUGGAACAGAAAAGAGAGCGCAAGUUAACUGAGAAGGGCGCUGAGGAGAGAAUACAACGGUUCAUAGCAUUAAGAAGACGAACGUUAGCCACUCUAACCAGCCAAAUUAAAGAAAUAGAGACAUUGAAGUGUGAUGCUCAAAAUGUGGAAAGUGUUCAGCUUAAGAUGGAGAGUGAUUUUGCACAGUCUCUAAACGAGUUUAAUAGGCUCAAUAUGGAAGUUUACAAUCUGUUGUCUGAAGAGGACAAACUCCACGACCAAAAUAAUUGGUACAAACCUAAAAUGGAUCAGAUAACAGGCUUCAUGAAAGAAACUAAAAGAUGGCUGACAGGAGUGCAUGAUUCCACAGAGGGGGAAAACCUGAUAGAUGAAGAAGAUACUGUUUUGCCUGGUGACAGUGUUUCACAGAUAGGGUCCAGUAAUGUUGUUAAAGCACACUCUCAUGUAAGUAACAUUUCCAACACCUCACGUGUAUCGUCCACACGUGCCCGUCAGGAAGCAGAGCAUGCCGCUCUAAUGAAACGACAAGAAGCGUUGAAGAAAAAACAGGAGCUUGAAUUCCAAGAAAUUAGAAUUAAAGCUGAAAAAGAAGAAUUAGAACUGGAGACGGCAUUAGCUGAAAGCCAAGCAAGAAUACAAGUGCUUAAAGAGUAUGAAACAUUGGAAGAUGACAGAGUUAGUCACGUGUCAGUGCAAAAAUCAAUAAGUGGAAACAUAAAGAAGGAAAGAUUUAGCAUGUCGCUACCGCAACAUGCUACAAUGAAUGUUCGAGCACCAAGACAAGUGCAGCGCACACAAAUACCACAACUACCACCGCCAGUUUCAAACCAAACUUCUAGAACACAAACAGGGAAUGACAUUGUAUCAGUUAUGCAGAAGCAGAACGCAAUAACUGAAUUGCUAGUAAAGCAACAACAGCUUUCGCAGUUACCAACAAAGGACAUUUCUGUGUUCAAAGGUGAUGCGCUGCAGUUCAAGUCUUUCAUGAGAGCAUUUGAACAUGCCAUAGAGCAGAAAACAGACAAUGACCAAGAUAAACUAUACUUCUUGGAACAGUUCACAGAUGGUGAGCCCCAAGAGCUCGUUCGUAGUUGCGCUCAUAUGACACCAUGCAAGGGCUACAAAGAAGCGACUUCUGCAUAAGCAUUAUGGAGAUGAGCUUCGGAUCGCCAGUGCGUACAUGGAGAAAGCUCUCAAAUGGCCACAAGUGAAAGCAGAGGAUGGGAAAGCAUUAAAUGCUUACGCAAUGUUCCUGAUAGGAUGUCGUAACUCUAUGGAAGAUAUUGAGUUCUUGGAAGAGAUGGAUAAUCCUACCAAUCUGCGCGCAUUGAUAUCCAAACUACCCUACAAAAUGAAAGAACGUUGGCGAACAGAAGCUUUCAACCUCAAAGAACAACGUGGUCACAGGGCCAGAUUUACUGAUUUGGUGAACUUCAUAGACCGCCAAGCUAAAAUAGCAAUUGAUCCUCUCUUUGGUGACAUAUCUGAUAGUCGCUCACCCAUAGCUGCUAAGAUGAACCAAAAAGGAAAGCAGGCAGUGAAAAAGGAGUUUCGUGGAAGCAGUUUUGCAACCAACGUUGUUCCUGAAUCCAAAGAGCCUCAAGAAAGAACUGCCAAGGUCAAGCCUGCUAGCAAUGGAAAAGCGGUGAAUGCCUUUGAUAAACCCUGUCUGUACUGUCAGCAGUCACACGCUCUUGCUUCAUGCAGUAAGAUCAAAGGCCAGUCUCAUCAAGAACGAGUGGAAUUCCUGAAAUCAAAGGGUCUAUGUUUUGGUUGCUUGAUCCCUGGACAUCUCAGUAAAUCCUGUAAACGAAAAAUGGAGUGCAAAGAAUGUGGAUUUAAGCACCCUGAUAUUCUGCACAAAGAAAAAGAUUGCAGUUCCGCCUCACCAAGAAAGAAUGAUGGCGUUACUGGUGAAGAGUUGCUAGCUGCUGAGGUUCCCAUCACACAGGAGUCUUGCGCCCUCACAGGGGCCGGAGAAGCUGAUUGUGUGCUGUGGAUAGUACCGGUGAAGGUCAAGUCGAAAAAUAGUGAACAGUAUGUAGAAACGUACGCCUUUCUAGACCCGGGAAGCACGGCGACAUUCUGUACGGAAGACCUGCAAAAGAAAUUGAAUGUGCAAGGGAAACCAACCAAAAUACGUCUCAGCACCAUGGGUCAAGAUGCACCAGAAAACCAGAAGCUCAUGGAUAGUAUGGUUCUAUCAGAGCUCAAAGUGUGUGGGCUGGAGGACAGUAUGUAUGUCGAGUUGCCCAAGGUGUUUACUCACAGCAGCAUACCUGUUCAUACCGGAAACAUUCCCAAGCAGUCUGAUAUCCAACAGUGGCCUUACCUAAGUGAAGUGAACUUGCCAGAGUUAAAAGCUGAUGUAGGCCUACUUAUUGGAGCAAACUGUUCAAAAGCGAUGAAGCCCUGGCGCAUCAUUAACGGCCAGGAUGGAGGUCCUUACGCCAUCAAGACAACCAUAGGUUGGGUUGUGAGUGGACCUGUAAGGAGAAAUGAAGUGGAGAAUGAAACACCUCACUCAUUUGUGAACAGAAUCUCAUUGGUGGAGAUAGAGAACCUGUUGAUCCAACAGUAUAACACUGACUUCCCAGAACGCAAUUAUGAGGACAAGGAAGAGCUGUCUCAAGAAGACAAAGCUUUUUUGCGGUCUGUGGAAAAGACAACAGUUUUUAAGAAUGGGCAUUACUGUGUCGGAUUGCCACUCCGUAAUGAGAAGCUCCAGAUGCCUAACAAUCGUAGUGUGGCAGAGCAACGCAUUGCGUCUUUGGAAAGGAAGUUCAGGAAGAGUCCUGAGUUCUUUGAAGAUUACAAGAACUUCAUGGAAGCAAUCAUUACCAAGGGCUAUGCAGUCCGGGUUCCAACAAACCAACUGACCCGAGAGGACAACAGGGUGUUCUAUAUACCGCACCAUGGAGUCUAUCACCCGAAAAAGAAGAAGCUUCGGGUGGUAUUUGACUGCACAUCCUCCUACCAGGAUCGGUGUCUGAAUAGUGAGUUGCUCCAGGGGCCCGAUCUGACCAACACGUUGGUUGGUGUCCUCCUCAGAUUCCGGGAGGAGCCUGUAGCAAUAAUGGCAGACAUUGAGUCAAUGUUCUACCAAGUUAAUGUGCCAGAACAUGAUGCAGACUUACUUCGCUUUCUUUGGUGGCCCAACGGUAGAUUAGAUGAGCCAAUGGAGGAAUUCCGAAUGGCAGUGCAUCUUUUUGGAGCCACUUCUUCUCCAAGUGUGGCCUCAUAUGCACUGAGAAGAACUGCGGAGGAUCACAGGGACACUGUAUCUCCAAACGCAGUUCAGACAGUCCUGCGCCAUUUCUAUGUAGACGACUGCCUGAAAAGUGUAGCCACAGAAAACGAUGCAGUGAGACUGGUCAAAGAACUUCAAACUUUGUGUAGCAGUGGAGGGUUCACCUUAACGAAAUGGAUGAGCAACAGCAGAAAAGUGCUAACAUCAAUCCCUGCAGAGCACAGAGCCACUGAAGUCAGAGACCUGGAUUUACGACACGACACUUUACCAGUGGAAAGAACACUUGGUGUCCAGUGGGACACAGAAUCGGAUACCUUCCUGUACAAAAUAGAGCUGCAAAAUAAGCCAGUGACCAGAAGAGGUAUCUUGUCAAUCGUACACUCCAUCUACGAUCCUCUUGGCUUUCUGGCACCGGUUAUUUUGCCUGCUAAACUUUUGUUGAAAGAUCUCUGUAAGGAACAUCUUGACUGGGAUGAAAAACUUGAUGGAAAGCAUGCUAAAGAGUGGAGCAGAUGGCUUGAAGAUGUCACCUACCUCUCCAACUUUCAUGUGAGUAGAUGUUUGAAACCCAUCAACUUCGGAUGCACUACUUCAGCGCAGUUGCAUCAUUUUUCAGAUGCCUCAGAAUACGCCUACGGCACUGUGUCUUAUCUACUGCUGGAAAAUGAACAUGGCGAGAAACACUGUGCUUUCCUUAUGGGAAAAGCAAGAGUGUCCCCACUGAAGAAAGUCACAAUCCCUAGGCUUGAGUUGACCGCGGCAGUUGUCGCAGUGAAGGUCGACAAGAUGUUGCAUGAAGAAUUGCAAAUACUACUGCAACAAUCUGUCUUCUGGACAGACAGCAUUACGGUGCUUAGAUACAUCGACAGUGACACGGCACGUUUCAAAACGUUUGUUGCUAACAGAGUUUCAAUGAUCCGAGAAGCAACCAAGCCCUCACAAUGGAUGUAUGUUGGAACAAAUGAUAAUCCUGCAGAUCAAGCCAGCAGAGGCCUGAAGGCAAAAAGCUUGGUCGAAGGAGGAAUGUGGAUGAGUGGACCAGAUUUCCUGCUGAAUGAGAAGGAUUGGCCAGAACAGCAGCGAAAGAAGGAAAGCCUAGAAGAUGAUCUGGAGGUCAAGAAUACAGUCGCUGUUCACAUGGUCAAAGUUGAAGAAGGUAUGGCACCAAUGAACCAGCUACUUACCUAUCACUCGGAUUGGAACAAACUGAAACGAUCAGUGGCUUGGAUUGUAAAGGUAAAGGAUGCUCUGAGGGAGCAUAAAGAAGAACGCAAAAAGGCAUUAAGAACAAUCAGCCAGACCGAACUUGACCCUGAAAAACAAAGAAAAAAGUUAGAACAACAUAUGAAGAAAUUUCAAACUAAAAAGACAAUACUCACCUUGGAUGAUCUGGACGCUGCUGAAACAGAAAUAAUACAGUUCAGUCAAAGACAACACUUUGAGGAAGAAAUCAAGGUCCUGAGAAAUGGAAGCCAACUCAGCCGCAACAGUGUGCUGUAUAAACUUGACCCGAUCCUUCAAGAUGACACCUUAAGAGUAGGUGGAAGACUUAACAAGUCUGCUAUGCCAGAAAGUGCCAAACACCCAGUGAUUCUUUCUAAACAUAGCAAAGUUGCCACUUUGAUCUUGAGAGACGUACAUCAAAGAACAGGCCACUGUGGACGCAAUUAUGUGUUGGCACAAAUAAGAAAGAAAUAUUGGAUUCCACAAGCCAAUUCCGCAAUCAGGAAGAUCAUUGGUCAAUGCGUAGUGUGCCGUCGGAUGACUGGCAAGGUUGGUGAGCAAAAGAUGGCAAGCUUACCUGAAGAUCGCCUCCUUCCAGAUCAACCUCCUUUCACGAACACUGGUGUUGAUUACUUCGGCCCGUUUGAGGUUAAACGGGGCCGGGGUACUGUCAAGAGAUACGGGGUAAUGUUCACGUGUCUCACUCUCCGAGCUGUGCACAUUGAAAUUGCUGACAGCCUAGAUACGGACUCCUGCAUAAACGCCAUCCGCCGUUUUGUAUGUAGGAGAGGUCAAGUUACCACCAUGAGGUCAGACAAUGGCACAAAUUUUGUGGCGGCUGAACGAGAGCUAAGGGAAGCCAUCCAACAGUUGGAUAAUGAAAGGAUUGAGAGAGUCCUACAACCAAAGGGGAUAAAGUGGAUAUUCAACAGCCCAGCUGCUUCUCAUCAAGGUGGGGUUUGGGAGAGGCAAAUUCGCACUGCACGAAGAAUCCUCAAUUCCCUACUGAAAGAUCAGUCAGUCAACGACGACGGUCUACAUACAGUAAUGUGUGAAGUUGAGAGUAUAAUCAAUGGUAGGCCGCUCACAAGUGUUUCAGAUGAUACCAAUGAUAUUGAGCCUUUAACCCCGAACCAUUUGCUACUUCUGAAGGCUCAACCAAACCUGCCUCCAGGUGUCUUCAGCAAAGAUGACGUCUAUACCAGAAGAAGGUGGAAGCAAGUCCAAUAUCUCGCAGACUUAUUCUGGGCUCGUUGGACACGCGAGUAUCUUCCACUUCUUCAGGAGCGACAGAAAUGGCUGAAGCCUAGAAGAAACUUCAUGACAGGCGAUGUAGUGCUUUUGGUGGACAGUUCCUCCCCCCGCAACUCCUGGAUCAUGGGAAGAGUAGUUGAAACACUGCCAGACUCAAAUGGAACAGUGAGAAGAGUGAAGUUGAAGACCAAUACCAGCACGCUGGAGCGACCUGUGAACAAGCUAUGCCUGCUUCAGGAAGCUACGCCAGAGGACUAAUGAAGAAGACAAGUUGAUAUGUGGACAUUCUUUUAUUUGAGGAUUUGGCUCUUGAUGUUUUAAGUUUAUAAUUGCUUCGUUUUCCAACCUAACCAAUUAGGGGCCGGGUAAUGUAAGAGCCAGUUAAUGGGGAGUUCAUAUAGAAUAAUAAUUUAGAUUAAAAAUGUAUAAAUAUGCUUAAUUUACUUUUAAGAAAUUCAUGAUGAGUAUAUUUUCUAGAAUGUAUAACUUAGUUAAUAUAAAAAGAUGCUUUUAUUGUGAAAAGUAAUUUUGGCUUCUACUACGUAAUUAAUAUUGCCCGUUUGAGUUCUGAUUGCAGUUGGAUACGGUGGAAGCAGCACAAUUUUUUGACCGAUCUGUACCGAGCCUUUCAUUUUUUCUGUAAGUGUACUUUUUUGAGUUCUUUAAGUAAACAUCAUAAAGAAGACUUGGUUUCAGUCGAGUGAUUCAAAUAUUGGUUGUUAGACAAACUGCAAAGGUGGUACAACGAACUUUUGGGACGCAGAGUGCC